UUACAGUCUCGUGAAGGCACUAAACACACAAAACACAUACAAUGUCAAAAAAAAUAUCAAUAUUGGUGAGAUUUUCAAUGGCUGCUAGCUGCACCUUGAAGUGAACAAAAGCAAUACUACUAGCAGUUUCCUCACUUUCUUAAAAUCUAGUUUUAUGUUCUUUUUUCUACUAUAUAUUACAAAUUUACAACCAUUGUAACUUUAUGCCCAAUUCUCCUAUUUUUAUAAUAAAUAGUUAUAACUUUUUUCUCUCUUAAUCUUGAUGAGUGGUUCCAUUUUUUUUCUGGCGAGAGAAAGCAGCAGGGUCUUCUGCUAAAUUUGAGAACACUGUGUUCAACAUCUCCCCUCGUGUUUCGAGCUUUAGUUACUUGAAAUUUUCAUCAUAAUUUAUUAAUUUCCCAACAAACUGUUUUUUUUUUCUUCUGUUUGUAGAAAACAGCUAAAAAGCUGUAAAAUGAACUUUUACUAAGAUAUUAUUGCAGCUGCAGCUACUAUUUUCCGUUUCUUGCAAGUAUCGGAUCAGAUUCUAAAAGUUAUAAUCUUCAAUCUUUGUGCCUUCUUUUCUUGCUUUCUUUAAAAAGAAAGUUCACUUGCUUCCAAAGGAAAGUGUGAACUGUUUUAUGGAGAAGAACUGUGGGAGAAGAGAAAGUAUAAAUCAAAUAGGAUGUAUGUGGGUGUUCAUCAGCAUCUUUGGAUCUAACCAGAAGCGUUUCUUCAUGGAUAUGAAACAUGGUAGCAAAAGACUUGCAGGUAAUGAUGAGAAGAUGCAGCUUACCUGUUCUUCUGAGAGCUCUCAGGAUGUCUCUAUUGCUGGUGAUGAACAUGUAGACACUAAGGCUUGUGAAGAAAAGUUCAGUGAGAUGAUCAAGCGUUUGAUAGCUCAGAAAGAAGGAGAGAUCCAAACCUGCAAGGACUUGUUGGAGGCUUUUCAAGUUUUGAGUUCUGAAGAAGAAUCUCUCCUCAAGAAGGUAUCACAUGAAGAUGCUCAAAGCUUGGGAGGAGAUUCCAAGAGAGUUGUAAUAGAAGAAGAAAGACCUGAAGCAGUCUCAAAACAAGAGGCUGUGGUGGUGGUACCAAAGAGGAAAUAUACAUUCUUCAGCAGGAAAUGGAGAUCAGAGGAGAGAAGAAACAAAACAUCUCAAAUUGUUGUCUUGAAACCUGCUCCAAAUAGUUUGGAUGUUGAUUCUAGAGACAACAAGUCCAAAACAGGAAGAACCUUUUCUCGGUUUCUUAUUGGUUUAAUCAAAAGAAGACUACACUCUGCCGUUGGAAAGAAGUCAUGUGAUGUUCUUGUUGACAGGAGCCAAAACCGCUGCGUGCAAGAAGAGACACAGGGUAAUGAAGAAGAGGACAUUGUCCAGACAAGCGAAGAUUCAAAGAAGACUAUGUCCGGACUGUAUGUUGCAGCGAGGAAACACUUGUCUGAAAUGCUUGCAAAUGGAGAUAUAGAUGUGAGUUUACCAGAUAAGGAAGUGCCAAUAAUCCUGGGAAAGAUUCUAUCUCUCCCUGAGUUUUCAUCACCAGUAGAUAGCCCUAGACUGAUCCCUCCGCAUGAUUUGGUUAACCAAACAACCGAGAAGCCAAAGAUUCUGCAGUGCGGUUCAUGUACAGAUGGUCUGACUGAUGAAGAUUCAGACAAAGAUGAUGAAACAUUGUUUACCAUCGAUGUCUCUGUCCCCAAAGUCGCCAGUUCCUUGAAUAUUGGUUCAAAUUCAAUGCAUGUAGACCAUGCGAAGGAAGCUUUGAAGAUAGAGAUAGAACCAUUAUCUGAAACUAGCAGCUCUUCCGUUUUCGGACAAGUCGAAUAUCUUGAUGAAGAUGUGUAUGAAUGUCGUGAAGAAGACGGAGAUAAACAAUCAUCAAAUAAGGAAAUGUUCAACCAAAUGCACUCUUCUCCUCCAGAGUCUCCACCAAGUUCUUCAGCUAGGAUGACUGAAUGCAAAGAACCGGCCACUGAUGUUCAGGGAAAGUUAAGCCCCGUCUCUGUGCUCGAACCUCUGCUUACAGAUGAUGAGAGUAGCCCAACAACAACAAGCACAAGGUUCAAUUCAGGUCAAGUGAGGAUACAACCACUCUGUAUAAGAUUCGAUGAAGCUGAUGAUUCUCCAAAACUAGACGGAUCCAACAAUCUCAAAACAAGAAUGGAUGACAAGAACUUGAUACUUACAUACAUUGAAGCCGUUGUGAAUUCGUCAGGCUUGAACUGGGAAGAGCUUUUGACGAAGCCCUUUUACUCAGAACAGCUUCUUGAGCCAGAGUUAGCAGAUGACAUAGCUUUCUCUCCUACACAGCUCUGCGACAAUAAGAGUCUCCUUCAAGACUGUAUCAAUGAAGUUCUCAUGGACUUCUGUGGGAGCGAACUGAAUCCAGGUCCUUGGAUCUCGUUCUUGAAACAUGAACUCCAGCUAACUUCAGACAUGGAGAUCGCAGCUAAAGUGGCACAAGAAGGGGUUUACUGGCAUCUCCUACCUUUGCCUUCACCUCACACUUUGGACCAGAUGGUGAAGAAAGACAUGGCUAGAACAGGAAGCUGGAUGGAUCUCAGGUUUGAUGUUGGUUGGAUUGGUUCCGGCGCAAGUGAAAUAAUCCUUGAUGAUUUAGUAGAAGAGAUCAUCAGAGACAUGGUUCAGCAGUAACAACAAUCUAUGAUGAGUCUCUUUUGUUUAGUUAGUCUUUCUUGUACAGUUUCACUUUCAAUACUCUGUUUGUGCUUUCCAGUGGCUUAUGUAGCUUACUCAGCCAAGAGAGUUUUGUAUGAGAGUGUGGUAAUAACAUGAGAACUUUAAAUAAGACAAAAGAUUAUGCUUUUUGUUAA